UACCUUUUGGGACCUUACGAGGCAUAGUACAGGGCUAUGAUUUGGUGUCUCUAAAUCCACGGAUCUCCACCACAAAAGGUUUGUGUUUAGUACGAAACGGUGAACAAAACUUGACUAUUGUUCGGAAACAUGCUUUUUGUUGCAAAGUGCACUGAACGGAAAAUAAUUUGGUGGAUAAUUGUUUAUGGUUUACGGAGUUAAAAACUGGAUUUUGUCAAAGAGUUAUUCGACGAAUGAAAAGAACACUUCAAUAACUGCACGUUGGAAAACAGCAACUCAUCGCAGCGUACAAGAGUGACCAUUUUGAUACUGCGCUGCAAGGAAUAGCGCUUCUAAGAUACAACGGGAUAGAUACCAAGGAAUAUACGUCCUUUUCAUCAUUUUUUUUCAGCGUCGGAAGUGGUAGAUAUCACUGUUGAUUUUACUGAAAGCAGCUAUAGAAUUUGAAACGGGUAUCGAGAUUUGUCGAUAUUUGACCGAAGAAUAGAUGUUUUAUCUCACAACGCUUCCAUCAAGUAACGGCGAUAUCCAACACACAUGGUAUUAAAAAAAUAUUUGGUAACAUCGGUUGGGAAAAAAAGAGGAUUCGUGACAUUCUAGAUUGGUCAAUUAAGGUAGCGGACAAAAGUUGGAGGAAUAUGAAAAUGGCUGGAUUAAUUCGAAUAGCGCUGCUCCUCUUGGGUCUGUGCGCGCACAACUCGGCCUUAGCCAUCCCCAACACGACCCACACUCCUACCAGUACCACACAGUCAUCAGAGUUAACAGCAUCAGCCAACAAUGGGACCAUCUCCCUGAUUCCCGCCGUUGGACAGCUGAUGAGUGAUCUGGAGGACAUCCUAGCUAACUUGAAUCUCACCGUUCCGCUGCCCGUGAACGUGAGUGAGGAGUGCGAUCUACCGACCAUUGCACCGCCUGAGGAGAUUGAGAGAGUGCGGUCCGAGAACGAGGGACUGCCCAUCGAAUGCAGGAAAGAUGUUUGUUUCCAAUCAUUCACCAACGAUCUCAAGGGUAACUUCACGUGGGGUGACACCUUAGCGGGUGACUAUGCCUUCUCCCACUGUCCCAACGGCGUCCGUAGACCGUACAACACCAGCGGGGAUCGCCCGCUAGCCUACCGGGCCUGCAAGCCUCCAGCCACCUGCCGCCACAUCCUGCCCAAACCGCGGUUCCCGUGUAGCGAGCACUCGUACUGGGGAGACGUCAACACGACAUUUUGCCGCUGGAACUCCGACAUCACGAAUGAGUUGGAAGAUAUUCUGUUUGAUUUGAUUGAACUACUCCAGAAAAUGGUCGACGAAAGGGAGGCUAACGUGACGUCAGUGAUCACUCUCCUCCAACAAACCAAUAAAAUCCUCUCACCGACUGAUCAGCUGACCGUGGAAGACGUCAGCCUGACGGCGUCCAUCAUGGACCUGUGUGUCACUUCUGGCGUAGAUGACGUACUGCCCCUGCGCAGUGACCUAGGGGAGGAGCUUGUUGCCAUGGCAGACAACAUACUCAAGAUGGAGGGGAAAAUAUUAGAGACGGUUCACACUGCAUGCACCAGCAUAGCCAAAAGCCUCCAGAACUACGCGGCCCACGUCAAGCUUCCAGUCAUCAGUCGGAGUGUCAAGCAUUCCUUCAGUAACAUCGUGCUGGAGAUCAACGAACCGUCUCGUGACCUUUUCAGCCUACCGAUAGAAUUCAACUUCUUCAUGCCGGAGUCACAGGCGGAGACGGUGGCCACAAUCAAAUUCCCGUACUUUCUUCUUAGUGGAUUGAUAAGAGAUGCAGAUCCAACCAGCAAUAACGAUACAGAGCCAAUCCAACUCCAGAACAUCCCCGUUCCAGUCGUUCGGACCUCCGCCACUGUCUACUACAAUUCCAAGUUCUUCACUGGAGAUCUUUCCAUUGAAAUCCCUGUUGAAGAUACUGUUUUGCUAUACGCAAAGGUCUACAGCGACGGGGUGGAAGUAAAACAGCUGCAAGAGCCGUUCUCGGUGACCUUUUACCACCCACAAAUGGAUGACGAUCAGCUCCCGUCAGACGAUUUUCAGUGCGGGGCAGCCCGUCUAUCCAGAGACGAGUCAGAACGAUGGAACUUCAUUGAUCGAGUCCACAAAGUAAAACUUGAGUGGGAUUCGUCGGCCUGUACGCUUAAUUACACGGAUGCCAAUCAGACUGACUGCAUCUGUAAGGUUCUGGAUCUACUGGGACUGAUACAAGAUCUUAUCCCUGCUCCUACUCAACCACAGACGACGCAAGAAGUUCCUCAGGAUCUAUUUGGAUUCUUGAAUUUUCCUUAUUACGUGACACUGACUGCACUUUGUUACAUCGGGUACUACAUCUCGCUCAUCAGCCUCGUUCUCGUCAUUGCGACGUAUGCCGUAUUCCCUCGAGUUCGUCGUGGCAGACCCACCCUGAUCCUAAUUAACCUGUGCAUCAGCAUCGUGCUUCUCAUCAUCGUCCUGGUCACCUCCACCCUGUACUCCAACACCCUGAUAGGCUGCCGUAUCGCCAACAGUCUCCGCUUGUAUUUCAUUCUAGUCUCGCUCAUGUGGAACGGUGUGGAGGCGGUCCACAUGUACAUCGCGCUGGUCAGGGUCUUCUCAAGCCCCAUCAGGCAUUUUGUCAUUAAGUGUGGCGUUGUCGCCUGGGGACUGCCCGGUAUCUUGAUUGGGGUACCACUCGCCUUCAACUUUGAAAUCUAUGAUGGCACUUACAAAGACUGCGAUUUUGUGUGCCAGUUAUCAGCCGAGGCUUUUAGCUUUGUGUUCUUGACGCCCAUGAUAGCUAUCGUGACAUGUAACAGCAUUGUCUUCGUUAUGGUGCUGUGGAUUAUCUGCAAGAUGUAUGCAAGAGACGAGCGCCGGUCCCUCCUGACCCAACUCAUGGGUGCCGUGGCCUUGCUGGUUCUCCUCGGCAUCAGCUGGGGGUUUGGAGCAUCUGCUGCCAUCACCUACACACAACCUGAUGAAGACACUGUAUCAGUCGGUUACUUCAUACUGCAGACGCUGUUUGUUCUGAGUGUGGCUUUCCAGGGUUUCUUCAUCUUUAUUUUCCACUGCGUUCGCUAUCACGACAUUCGCAAACAGUGGCUCAAGACGUUCCGUCCCUGCUGUAAGGUUUGUCGCUGCUCCCGCUGCACCAGCCGUACCAAAGACGUGGACCGCGUGCUGGUUCCCGUCUCCACGCCCAUGGCAACGCCCAUGACGUCACCCAUGACGUCGCCCGUGACGUCACCGAUGUCGUCACCGGACCCAUCAGUCGGGGAUGAAGUAGACAAUGUUGGGCUGGAGUUGGACGUACAUGACGAAGACACGCACUUAUGACGUAAUGUGCGUCAUUCACGUGUCAUUGAAGUUGUAAGGGAUCAUAUUGGACACUGUACAUGGUACUUAUAUUGUCUUAUUCCGUAUCGUUCUAAGAAAAAGGAAUGAUCAGUUAAUCCUCAAUAGAAGAACAAACAACCAUUUAUACUCAGAAGUUGUGAAGAAGAUUAGGAUGUUGCUAGGCUAGAAUGAGAUUGAUAACCAACUUUACCACUGGAUACACACACAAGUGUGUAUUUGCCUGCGAUUGGGGACCCCUAUUGUCUCUCUUUUGUUUGUACUCUAACUUUUUAGGAAGACCUUCCAUAUGUUUUGUACACAUCGCCAAAUUGGGGACCCUAUUGUCCUUUAUUGGUCAACGUCCUCCAUUGAAUGCAGAAACAAACUCACUACAACUUACGGCAUCUUUGUCGCCGGUGUAUAAUAUUUUAAUGUAAUAUUUCUCGGUUUUUUGUUUUCAUUAAGGUUUAUAUUCUGUGUUGUAACGUUGUCUGUUGAUGUUUGAAAUUAUUUUCUGUUUGUGUUAAACGGUUUAAACUUAUUGUUUUUUUAAUGAAUGUAUAAAGGAAACUAGCCCUCUCAAAAAGAUGCCACGCCCCCGCGGAAAUUUAAUGAAAUAAUCCUUUUUGUACAAUUUUAACAAUUUUGAUCAAAUUUACCAUAACAUCAUUAUCUUUAAUCGAGGAAAAAUCAUUUCCGACACUGUGGAAAAUGGUUUGGAACCUGUUUUCGAAUGUAUGCCAAUAAUAAUGAGAAAAGUAUUGUGUAAAUAAAAGAAAAGCAGUGUU